AUGGGUGUCAGAGUAAAAAUUGGCGAAAAAUCUGCCAAUCAUAAGCCUGAUACAGUUUCAAAAGUUACACUAGAUGGUAAAAUCUAUCAAAGAAUGGUAUUUUCAUUUGGACGAUACUCAAAAGAUCUUUCUGACAAGCAAGAUAUACAUUACUCAGUAGGAUAGAAAGAUAACUAUUCAAGAGAGGCCAAAAUCAAAGGUUUUUCUGAUCAAUAGGACUUAAAAUUGAUUAUUCUAUCAAAUAUAGACGGUGAAGAGGAGACCAAUACACUUAGUUUACUAAAGAGUGCAUACAAUAAAAUGGGUGAUUUGAAAGAUAAAUCAAACGUAUUAGUGGUGGAUAUUACUAAUUAAGGUGGAUCAGAUAUGAAGAUUAUCAAAUACUUAGACCUAAUUCAGCCAAUUACUAUGAAUUAUCCUUACAUUGUACUGAACUUCAACAAGGAAAGUUAAUUUAGUAAAUUAUUCAAGCCACAGGAAAGAUAGAUCAGCGAAAGUCUAAGAGCUAUUCAAAUAUUUAACACUAACAUUAUUUUGGCCUAUUCAUAAGAUAUUCUUUAGAAUAAAUAGGCCUUAACCGACAGACAAAAAGGUGACACUUUAGGUAUAUUAUGGAGACCUCACAGUCAUAACAUUAUGAUCUUGGACAGACCAAUUUAUUGCUCUAGCUUAAAUGAUGCAUGCACUAGCGAUGCAAUGGUCAUAAAGAAUGCAUAUUUGGAAUUCAUUAACAAGGGUCAAUUAGAUUUAAUUAUUAGUGGUAGAGGUGAGUACUACGAGAGAACUUUCCCAAAGUAUGAGUUCAAGCAUACUGAGUCAGAAGAUCCAACCAAAUUUAUUAACCCAGAAUAUCCCAUCUAUAUUAAUAUUAAUGGUCCUAAGAUUGCGAGUAAAAGUGAUGAAUGGACCUUUUAAAAACAGCAAUGGUCAGCUUUCAUAAGAAAGAUUAGAACUUUCGGACAACUUACAAUAACUGCUGGUCUGUUGAACAAGGUAGAGUUGACUUAUAACUAAUACAAUGAUAAUGGAACUGAAGUUGAUCAACUUACAAUCCUAAAAUAGAUAGCAAUUGAAAGCAACUUUGAAGUUGUCACUUUUAAAGGAUUGUUUAUAUUCGGUUUCUUGAUACUAGCCUUCAUCAUCGUUGCUCUGCUUAAACAAUUCGAAGAUUAUCAGAAGAUAUUCAAAGACAUUAUAAUUGAAAACAAACCAUAUCCUAUUGAUGAGUUAAGAUCUAUUGCUGAAGUAGAAGAGACACAAUAUACUUAAAAGUUGAAGCCAAAGAAGAAGGGUAGCAAAUAGCGUGAUAGUGGUGAUGAACUUGGAGAGGAAGAUGAAGAUUCAAUCAGUGGAAUUGAGAUGACUGAGUUGACUCAUAGAACUACUACAUCAUCUUAGCAAUCCUAUACUAAUUUAAAUGAUAGAUAAAAGGCCGAAAAACUUAGAAAGACUAUUGAAGAUAGGAUUAAUGAUAAUGAAGAUGGCACAAGAGAGGAUGAUGAAAUUUAGCAACUUGCAUCCAAGAAGAGAAACAAGAAAUAUGUUGAUUGA